CACAGAGCAGUUGCUAUCUAAUUUUUCUCCGUGUGUAUCGCCUUUCUCUAUUAUAUUUUCAUUUUUUUGGCAUUAAAGUCGUUGGCUGUAAACAAUAUAUAUGUAUUGUGUCAGUUCAGUACUUGAAUACUUGAAUAUCUACCAUAAAUUUCUGGCUCUCUUUUAUUUUCAGCUCGUUGGAAUCAAACUGUUUACAUGAAGUCAUUUCAUUUUAAAUUGGUACAGACAGCUUUUUUUAAACUCAAGUAUCACGAGAACCUUGGAGGAAGAAUAUUGUUCAAGUAGUGCAGGCCUGAUUAAGGGACAUGAAAAGUCUUUUGCCAUCUUUCGUUGUUUUCCUUACGGUUGUAUUAUUGCCUCAACAAUAUUACCUGUGAUCUGUGAAGGCUAUAGUUCAUAACUUCAUUUUUAAAAAGUUCCUGCAGAUGCUCACAUGUUUUCUAAUAUUUAUGAUCAUCAUGAAGCCAUUAAAUAGCCCAUAGUUCAUAUCGAUGUUUUUAUGUUCUUGUUGCAGACAAAACAUUUUUCCUUCCUUGUCUGUAAUGGAUUAACUAGUAAUUUUCUGUAGUUUCCAAUACUAUGAAGUAUGAACUCUUAAGGUCAUUAUUGAGCUUAUGCUAAACUUGUUUGGUUUUGUUCAGGUGGUAUGCACUGAAGGCCCAGAAAGAAUUAGAGAACUUAUUGCAAUCGGAGCAUCCUUUGAUCAUAACGGUGAUGGAAAUCUGCACCUAGCUAGGGAGGGUGGGCAUUCCCAUCGCAGAAUUGUUCAUGCGGCUGAUAUGACUGGAAGGGAAAUAGAGAGGGCACUAUUAGAAGCGGCUGUCAGGGACCCUAACAUUUUCUUGUUUCAACACCAUUUUGCUAUCGAUCUAUUGACUUCCCAGGAUGGUUCCAACACUGCUUGUCAUGGUGCUGACACUUUAAAUACUGAAACACUGGAGGUGGUGCGAUUUCUAUCAAAAGUGACUUUACUUGCAUCUGGUGGUGCUGGUCAUAUCUACCCAACCACGACAAAUCCUCUGGUAGCAACUGGAUACGGAGUUGCUAUGGCCCAUCGAGCCCAAGCCAUAAUCACAAAUAUGGAGUUUGUUCAGUUUCACCCAACAGCCUUAGCAGAUGAAGGCCUUCCUGUAUCACCAGUGAAGGCCCGAGAAAAUGCAUUUCUUAUAACAGAAGCUGUGAGGGGAGAUGGAGGGAUCCUUUACAAUUCGGACAUGGAAAGAUUUAUGCCUCUGUAUGAUGAGAGAAUGGAGCUUGCACCGAGAGAUGUGGUUGCAAGAAGUAUAGAUGAUCAAUUAAAAAAGUGAAAUGAGAAAUAUGUUCUCCUUGACAUUAGUCACAAACCACAGGAUGAAAUCCUCUCUCAUUUUCCUAACAUUGCAGCUGAAUGUCUCAAGUUUGGCCUUGACAUAACACGACACCCAAUUCCUGUGGUCCCUGCUGCUCAUUACAUGUGUGGAGGAGUUCGAGCUGGGCUCCAAGGGAAAACAAAUGUGACAGGCCUCUACGUUGCAGGAGAGGUUGCUUGCACAGGCUUGCAUGGAGCUAAUCGGCUCGCAAGUAAUUCAUUACUUGAAGCCUUAGUUUUUGCAAGAAGAGCUGUGCAGCCUGCAAUAGACCAUAUGUGUAACUCAAAACUCAAUUUAAAUGCUUCUGAUAGGUGGGAAAAACCAAUGGUUGCUACAUCACUUGGUGAUGAUGUACUUGGAAAACUCAUAACUAAGACAAAAGAAAUUAGGAAAGAACUGCAAGCCAUUAUGUGGACAUAUGUUGGAAUUGUAAGGUCCACAGCUAGACUAACGACUGCAGAGCAGAAAAUCGCCAGAUUGGAAGUUAAAUGGGAGGAAUACUUGUUUCAAUAUGGAUGGAAGCCAACAAUGGUUGGACUUGAAGCUUGUGAAAUGAGGAACCUCUUUUGUUGUGCCAACUUGGUAGUUAGCAGUGUUUUAUCAAGAACUGAAAGCCUUGGCCUUCACUAUACCACUAAUUUCCCUCAUCUAGUGGAAAGCAAAAGGCUCCCAACCAUUAUUUGGCCUUCCUCACACAUCAACACUACAUGGAGUUCGAGGCAACUUCAUCAGCAGUCAAUCUGCCUAUAGUAUUAACUCUUAUGGCUCAUUUGGUAGGUGAUAAUUGAUGAAGAGCUUAUAUGUAAUUUUGUGAGGCAGUGACAAAUCUAGGAUUUUUUACAAGUGGGUUCAAAUCAAAUGUAAAUAAAUUCAUUUAUAUAAAUUAUUAAAAAAACAUAUAAAUACACUUUUUUAAUGACUUACAAAAUAAAAAUAAUUUAGUACGAAACAAAAAUGUAUUUCGUUAAGAAAAUUAUUACACUUUUUUUACGAAAGUAUAUUUACAUGAUUGUACAGAGAAUUUCCAAUGUUUUUAUUAAUAUAUAGGAAAAAUUACCAGUUAAAAUCCGACCUUUGUCUCAUCCGCCCAAAAUAAUCCUACUAUUAAUGCCAAUCUUCUUAAAAUGGCCCCAAGUGACCUGUAACCUGUGAGUAGGUAAUUUUAUUUUUUUUAAAGUUUAAUUUACACAUGUCACCACGUGAUUGGUAAAAAAAAUAAAAAAAUAACGAAAAAUUAAUCAAAGUUAAAAAAAGUAAAAUUUAAUUAAAAAAACAAACCACCACCACGGGCACCACCUAAGACACACCACUUCAGCCACCACCAUCCCCACCAGACUAAAACGCCAUUCCCAGACCAAAAUCGACCGCACCGAUCAGAACCACCCCAACCAACCCCAAAACUCCUUCGAAACCCCACCAACGCUAAGCCCAUUCAAAAUCCCACCAACCCAGAUCCCAAAAAAUGGGGUUGUUGAAGGAAGAGGGGUCUGAAUCCCAUGGUGUAGGGGAGUCAGGCAAUCGGCCAGCGGAAUCAGAAGGGGGAAGGGGACAGGUGUCGGAGUCGAGAUGGAUAUGGGGUUUUCGAGGGCGGGGAAUUGUUUUAUGGCUCGCCAAUGCUUAAAGCGGCGCUGCCUGGGUUUUCUUGUGUGAGGGAGGCGGGUUGGUGGUUUAUGGGAGGGGGAUCAGUCGCGGUGCCAACGCCGGUGCAAGCGCUAGGGUUAGGGGUCUUGGCGGCCAGAGCCACGAC